AUGAGUGCUGAAGCUUUGCAAGUUGCUAAGGUGUACCGCCACCUUCUCAGGGCUGUCAAGAAACACGUUGCCAAAGAAGACAGGGCGAGGCAUUUCAAAGAAUACGUAACUGAAGAAUUCAGGAACAACUGCAAACUGUCAGAUCCAUCUUCCAUUCAGCAGAAGAUUAAGCUUGCCCAUAACUACACUUUUCUUCUUAACAGUGUGCACCAUCACCAGGACCUGUUGUUCUCUUACAACAUUGCUGUGGAUAGAUCAGAUGAGAUGAAAAAAGUACUUGGAAAAUCGGCUGCAAGUGUUGGUCUUCAACUUCCUGAGGUCAGCCACAUAGCAUACCUCGCCAGAGUAGAAGUAGCUUGA